AUGUCCAACGAAGUUCUUGUUCUCCGUGGCACCCUCGAGGGCCACAACGGCUGGGUCACGGCCCUUGCGACCUCCGCUUCUAACCCAGACAUUUUGUUGUCUGCGUCGCGUGAUAAGUCGCUCAUCAUCUGGAACCUGACUCGCGACGAGGAGGCCUACGGUGUGCCCAAGCGCGCCCUCAAGGGCCACGACCACAUUGUGCAGGACGUUGCCAUCUCGCUCGACGGUGCGUACGCCAUUUCUGCGUCGUGGGACAAGACUCUCCGUCUGUGGGACUUGAACUCGGGCAAGACCCUCCAGCGCUUUGUUGGCCACGAAGGUGACGUUCUUUCCGUCUCUUUCUCUGCUGACAACCGUCAGAUUGCCUCUGCUGGCCGUGACCGCACUAUCCGCAUCUGGAACACCAUUGGUGAGUGCAAGUACACUUUCAACGAUGCUUCUGCCCACUCCGACUGGGUCUCUUCUGUUAGAUUCUCUCCUGUCGAGAAGGAGGAUGGUGUUUCUGCUGUCAUCUCUGCCGGCUGGGACAAGCUUGUCAAGGUCUGGGACAUUAAGAACGCUAAGCUCCUUGCUGACAACAUUGGCCACACUGGCUACGUUUCCGCCAUCACUGUCUCCCCUGAUGGAUCUCUUUGCGCUUCCGGUGGCAAGGACGGUUCUAUCAUCCUUUGGGAUCUUAACUCGUUCAAGCACCUUUACUCCCUCUUUGGCAAUGACGAGAUCUACUCUUUGACCUUCUCCCCCAACAGAUACUGGCUCUGCGCUGCCACUUCCUCUUCCAUCAAGAUCUUUGAUCUUGAGAAGAGAGCCCUUAUUGAUGAGCUUAAGCCUGACUUUGCUCUUGCUUCUAUCUCUUCUAAGGAGCCCGAGGUCAUUUCCCUGGCCUGGUCUGCUGACGGUCAGAACCUCUUUGCCGGUUACACCGACAACUUGAUUCGCGUCUGGCAAAUCAUGCAGUCCAACUAA